UAAACAGCAUGGUUGCUGCAUGUGACAGGAUGAGUCAAUGAUUUCAUCUCUAACGAAACUUCACUUCCUGGAAACUGUUGUAAUGAAACAAGUGUUAAGAAACUGGACAGGGUCGGUGCAUAUCGCUCUUACACUUGUGACAUUACCGUUCACUGUUCGUGGAUUCUGUAAAUCCAUCAACACCAGAGUAUCAAGUGUGUGUACUUUAAAUUCUGUCUCAAUGUCAUCUGCAACACACAUCAAGGCCCGAUGUACAGUGUACCCUGGCUCAGACAAACAUCGCUUCCCUGUUCCAGACGAUAAAGUGAGCUGGGCGACUGUGUGGCCAGAUUACAGUCCCGUAAACUACACCGCACCUUCUGUGCUGCAGAACCCUGCCUGGGCUGAUCCAGACAUUGGUUCUUUCUGUCCACGGUUUAACGUGCUUGAUGGGUCCGUGGAUAGGCGGAGCCAUGAGGGAGAUUAUAGCAUACAGGAUGGACAUCCACUUAACCCAAGAGGAAGAACUGGUCUGUCUGGUCGGGGCCUUCUUGGCAGGUGGGGUCCUAACCAUGCCGCAGAUCCUAUAGUUACCAGGUGGAAGCGGGAUUCUGCAGGCAAGCGCGUGUCUCAUGAUGUCACUAAACGACCUGUGUUGCAGUUUGUGUCCAUCAAGAGAAAUGACUGUGGAGAAUGGGCCAUCCCUGGGGGUAUGGUGGACCCAGGAGAGAUGGUGUCUCUGACACUGCAGCGAGAAUUCACAGAGGAAGCUUUGAACUCACUUGAAGCUUCUCCACAAGAACGCAAAGACCUCCACGCCCGGAUCUCAAAACUCUUCAGCACACCUAGUUUUCAGGUUUACAAAGGUUAUGUGGAUGACCCGAGAAACACAGACAAUUCAUGGAUGGAAACAGUUGCAGUUAAUUUUCAUGACGAAACAGGUGACAGUGUAAGCGAGCUGCCUCUGCAAGCAGGCGACGAUGCGGGACAGGUGAGCUGGUGCGACGUCGAUUCUACACAGCCCCUGUACGCCAGUCACUCACAUUUCCUCCAGUCAGUAGCGGAGGAAAAACAAGCCCACUGGUAAAAUAGGGAAAUGACAAGUGCCUGUGAAGAUACUGUCAAAAGAAAUAACAUUUGUGCACAAUAAUGUUACCCUUGUAUUGUGUGAUAUUAGUCAUAAAUAACCGAAUGUCUACAUCGAUACAGAAGUUACAGACUGUGGACUGGCUUUUGAUUGAGUCGUGUUCUUUUGUAGACCAUACAGUCUAAAAUUAAGUACUCAAACUACAGAAAAAUACCUGUUUUGUUCUCUAAAGAUCAUAAUCAUCAAUACAACUGACUCUGUCAGCAGUUUCAAUCUGAGUUCAUUUUAUAUACUUGCUGUGGGGGAAAAAGCCAAAACACACCCCAGUAACCACUUGCAUGUACAUGGAAGGAUCAGAUGGUCAUAGUAUGUAUUCUAAACUGUAUGUGUGCAACUUAGACAUUUUAGAGGUUGGGAAAUGAAGGUAAUUUUUUUAAAGACCUUUAGGAUUGAAUAAAAGAAGACUAACCACUGUAUUGUGACACUGAUAUAAUAAAUGCACCUUGAAGUCUCUCUAUUACUUAAAA